AUGUCUGCUUUUCUACGCACGAUCCCUACCAUCAGAUCGUCCGUUCUGCGGUCUGCAAAACUGCAAUUGAGAGCGUACGCCUCGUACCCUCCCCACACCGUGAUCGGAAUGCCCGCUUUGUCCCCCACAAUGACGCAAGGAAGUUUGGCCGUGUGGUCGAAAAAAGUGGGUGACUCGUUGGAACCCGGCUGUGUCUUGGCCGAAAUCGAAACCGACAAGGCGCAAAUGGAGUUUGAAUUCCAAGAAGACGGGUUUUUGGCCAAGACUUUGGUGCCGGAGGGCGCCAAAGAUUUGCCAGUGGGCAAGCCCAUCGCCGUGUACGUCGAAAACGAAGCCGAUGUUGCUGCUUUCAAGGACUAUACCGCAGAGGAUUCUGGUGCCGGUGCUGAACAAUCAGCUGGCGCACCCGCUUCUGAAGCUAAACAACCUGAAGAAGGUGCCAAGAAAGACGAACAGUCUGCGUCCAAGUCUUCUGCUACUGGUACAAAGAAAUCAAGCUCUGGAGCCCCAACCGACAGAAUCAUCGCAUCCCCAUUGGCCAAGACCAUCGCUCUAGACAAGGGCAUUUCGCUCAAGUCCGUUACCGGAACCGGGCCCAACGGUAGAAUCACCAAAUCCGACGUGGAAGAGUACUUGAAGAAAGCGCCUGCUUCUGCUUCUUCUGCUGGCGGUGCCGCUGCCGCCCCAGCCGCCGGUACCUCUGGUCCUGCUGCUCAGUACGAAGACAUCCCUAUCACUUCCAUGAGAAAGAUCAUUGGCGACCGUCUAUUGGAAUCCACCUCUGGCACUCCAGCGUACAUCGUUUCGUCACAGAUAUCCGUUUCUAAGCUCUUGAAAUUGAGACAGUCUCUAAAUGCCUCGGGCAAGGACCAAUACAAAUUGUCCGUCAACGAUAUGCUCAUCAAGGCCAUCACCGUGGCUGCACAAAGGGUUCCUGAUGCCAACGCGUACUGGAUGGCUGCUGAAGGUGUUAUUCGCAGAUUCAAAAACGUGGACGUGUCUGUGGCAGUCGCCACCCCACAAGGUUUGCUAACUCCAAUUGUCAAGAACGCCGACUCCAAGGGCCUGAUCUCCAUUUCGCAAGAGAUCAAAGAAUUGGGCAAGCGCGCCAAGAUCAACAAGUUGAAGCCCGAGGAGUUUCAAGGUGGAACCAUCUGCAUCUCUAACCUCGGAAUGAACAACGCCGUUUCCUUCUUCACCUCCAUCAUCAACCCUCCUCAGUCCACCAUCCUGGCCAUCGGUACCGUGCAGAGAGUACCCGUCGAAGACGCUGGCGCCGAAUACGGUUUCUCUUUUGACGACAAGAUGAACAUCACCGGUACUUUUGAUCAUAGAACUAUUGACGGUGCCAAAGCAGGUGACUUUAUGAAGGAGCUCAAGAAGGUGGUUGAAAACCCACUUGAGAUGCUGUUGUAA